GUGUUGUUUUGUCUCCCACAAAGGACACAAUCCCUUUUAAGUUUACAAUAUUUCAACACGGCUGAUGAAGACGACGAAGCGUCCUGUGUUCAUAUUCUAUAGUUUCCAGAAUCAUAAACCCAUUUGACUUUGUUUUUUUUUUUUUGGGUAAUAACCCAUUUGACUUUGAACACUCAAAACCUGUUUAUCGUUUUCCAAAACCAUCAAAAUCCUAAUGCUACAUAAAUAAAUAGUUUUCUAACAGAAUUACAAGAUAGAAUCAAUGAAUCAAAUUUCUUCCAAUUCAAGGUCUUAACUUGUUCUUAACUCAUUGGAUCAUUCAUUCUGAUAAUAAUAAUAUGUAUCAAUUACUUCCUCAGCCCAAACAUCAGAUUCCCGAGUUUCCUCCGUCUGAAACAAAAUCCACAGUUGCUGUUCCAUCGGAGUUUCUAGGUGAAGCAGUUUUUGCAGGAGCUAGUUUUUGGGGCAUUGAAGCAGCGUUUGGGCGUAUAGAUGGAGUUGUGAAAACGGCAACUGGGUAUUGUGGAGGAACCCUUCGGAAACCUUCAUAUAGAGAGGUUUUUGAAGGAAUUACAGGCCACACUGAGGCUGUUAAAGUCAUAUACGAUACGCGAAAGAUACCUUACAAAUCUCUCUGUGAUAAGUUCUGGGAAACCCACGAUCCCACCGACAAAGAAUAUUUGGGAUUUGGAGUUAGUACACACUAUCGAUCUGCUAUCUUUUAUGCAAGAGAAGAACAGAGGAAGCAAGCCCAGGAGUCAAAGAUCAGGAGGCAGAUGAAGCUGAACAAGAGGAUUGUAACGAAGAUAAUUCCUUUGGAUUAUUCAGAUUUCUUCCUUGCAGAAAACCAACAUCAAAAGUAUUAUUUACAGAGGAACCAUAGGCUUUGCGGGAGUUUAAAUUUGAGAAGCACAGAGCAGCUGAUUGAUUCAACCACAGCAACUAAACUAAAUGGGAUAUUAGCUCUGGAUGGGAAGAGAGCUGUCGAUGAACUGGAGAGAUUUAUGAGAAGUGCUGAGUUGCAGAAACAAACCAUGUUGAUAUGUGAAGGAAUAAUUGAAGAUUUUGGUGGAAGGAAACACAACUUAAUAACAUUUUAGGGAGCCUGGUCCCCUGGGGUGGUGAAGGCAUGAACAGACUUGAGUCCAACCCAUGUCCGGUUGGAACAUGCUGGCAAAGUGGUAGGCCGCCUUUUGGCUUGAAGCUUCAUAGGAGGAUGGGAAAGUUAUUGCAUGCACUCACUCCAAUAGGAAGAGUUCCACCUGAACUCAAGGUGGUUCCCCUUACCCAUCUAUUAAAAUAUCAUUGCCAUAUGCUGUGUGAAUUAGCUGACAUAGGUGUAAAGGACUACAACUCCAUUAUGAAGUGGUCCAAGUUAGGGAUUUGAUUGCCACACCAACUAAAAGGGUUCUUGUUGCUUUCUUUUGUUUUCCUUGCCCCCACAUGACGAUUCUGUUAUCCCUUAUAACUUAGGGACAUGCAAUUUAUAUCAAUAAUGAAAAUUGGUUUGAUUUUUAGAUU